AUGGGUGCUUGUAUUGGUAAGAAAAGUUCAAAAUAUUCUAAGCGCUAUCAACCCUCGAUAACACAAUCAAAAAUACAAGACGAAAACGAUGGUGAAUGUCAAAAACCGGAACCUGAUGAAAAUAGCAUCGAUUCAGAACUUGAAAUUAUUCUUGUUGAACAGAAAAUAAUCAACGAAGCACUUAGUCAACCUUUGUCAUCGCGUAUUGUUUCAGUUACAGAGUCUGAACUUGAAUAUGAAUUGGCAAAUCUAAUUUAUGGACAUCCAGAAAAAGAUUAUGUAGAAAAUCCAACUAUUUCUAUAAUCCAUAAAGCUGAUGAUGUGUAA